GGCUCCUAGAGGACAUUCAGAUUGAAAUAAAACAUCUGUUGUCUGGAAUUGACUGGAGCUGAACCACUCAGAGAAGACUUCAGAAGGACAGCAAUGCCUAUUGUUACUUCCGCACUGACCGUGUGGCUUCUGCAGCUGACCAUGCUACAAGGUGCUACAAGCUCAAAAGCAGAGAGUGGGCAGCCGAUAAAUGCUCCACGAAUAGUUGGGGGACAACCAGCCUCUGAUGGGUCAUGGCCCUGGCAAGUCAGCAUUUCACUGUUUUCUUAUCCUAUUUGUGGGGGCUCCCUCAUAGCUGAGCAGUGGGUCCUGACAGCAGCUCACUGCUUCUUCUUUGGAGUCGGGCCCAUGUUCCAAUACGAUGUCCUCCUAGGUGCCCAUCAGCUCUCAAACCUCUCUGAUAAUGCUGUAGCAUCUGCCGCGGAACAGAUUAUCCUCCAUCCUGGCUACAAUGGCAGCAUUGACCACACAGCAGAUAUUGCUUUAAUCAAGCUGAAGUCGCCUGUGAACUUCACUGACUACAUCCUCCCCAUCCGCCUGCCAGGGUCCUCUACAAGCUUCUCUUCAGGAGAAUACUGCUGGGUAACUGGAUGGGGAGAUAUUCAAACUGGAGUGCCUUUACCUGCCCCACAGACUCUCCAGCAAGUGAAGGUGCCGCUCAUAAGCCGAGAAGUAUGCAAUGCUCUCUUUAACAGUGUCUCAGCGCAGGGCUCAAGGAAGGAUCCUGUCAAGCAGGAUAUGAUCUGUGCUGGUUACCCAGAAGGUGGGAAAGAUUCUUGCCAGGGCGACUCCGGGGGACCCUUAGUUUGCCAUCUCAAAGAAGGUUGGAUGCAGGCUGGGGUUGUGAGCUGGGGAAGGGGCUGUGGCCAACCCUUCCGCCCAGGUGUCUACAUUUCAGUGCCUUUCUAUGCCAACUGGAUCCAUGAGAGAAUGCAGGGUAGAAAUGGGGGUGGUGGGGAAAUUGGUGGGCUACCCAGUGUUGUGACGUUCACCUCAGUGGCGUUUGUACUGGCCCAUUUGUGAGAAACCAAUCUGUCGGCUUCCAGUCUGCCCACCAAUUGUAUGGAAUAUCUUUUUCUUUUUUAAAAUUUAUACUUUUCAAAUUUAUACAUUUCAUUAGUUUUACAAUCAAUUUAACAUUUCAAAAUUUGACUUCCUUCCCCCUCCUUCUGCGGUUCCUUAAAUUUAUUUUUUUAAUGUCUUCUGCAUAUCCAAAU